GCAGUGAGGCGGAGCAGCGGGAGUGUAAACACACACACACUCACACACACGCGCACACACACAUCAGGGUCCCCGAGCUGCUCUGCUUCAGUCUGCCGGUUCAUGAGCUCCGAACAGCGGAUUACCCGAGCACUCCUCCAGCCUCCUCCGCGCGCGACACCCGAGCACAGCGCGUGACACGACAACAAGAAGAAGAAGACAACACACACACACACGCUCAUUCACCUGCUGAACACACACACACGGCCAGCCUGACAGUUGUGGAUGAUGCCGAAGCACGUGGAGGUACGGAUGCACGAAAGCCACCUGGAGCCCAUCGAGGCCCGGCCGCUGUCCAAAUGGGGCACGAUCUGCCAGAAGAUGCGGAAGAACCUGCUGCUCACGCUGACCGUGAUGGGUGUGAUUAUGGGCGCCGUGUCGGGAAUGCUGCUGCGUGUGGCGUCUCCCAUCGAUGACAACAUUGUGAUGGUGAUCGCCUUCCCUGGAGAUAUCCUGAUGAGGAUGCUGAAGAUGCUGAUCCUGCCCUUGAUCAUCUCCAGUCUCAUCACAGGUCUGGCUGGUCUGGAUGCCAAGUCGAGCGGCCGUCUGGGCUCCAGAGCCAUGAUCUACUACAUGACCACCACAGUGAUCGCAGCGGUGCUGGGGGUCAUCCUGGUGCUGCUCAUCCACCCCGGGAACCCCAAACUCAAGGAGAAUCUGGGAGAAGGACUCGAGAACGACGAGGUGUCCAGUCUGGACGCUUUCUUUGACCUGAUCAGAAACCUGUUCCCCGAGAACCUGGUCCAGGCCUGUUUCCAGCAGAUCCAGACGGUGGUGAAGAAGGUGGAGGUUCAGCCGGAUCUGGACGACACCAACAGCACCAUGUCGGAGUAUCUGUCCAACGCCACCAAACCUCCACCCAUCUUCAAAGACAAGAAAUCCCUGCAGUUCAAGAGCGGCAUGAAUGUGCUGGGUCUGAUCGGAUUCUUCAUCGCCUUUGGUAUUUGUAUGGGAAAGAUGGGGGAGAAGGCGAGACUGAUGAUCGACUUCUUCAACAUCCUCAAUGAGAUCGUCAUGAAGCUGGUCAUCAUGAUCAUGUGGUAUUCUCCAUUCGGCAUCGCCUGCCUGAUCUGUGGGAAGAUCAUCUCCAUCAAGGAUCUGGAGGUGGUGGCGCGGCAGCUGGGCAUGUACAUGAUCACGGUCAUCGUGGGUCUGAUCAUCCACGGAGCCAUAUUCCUGCCCUGCAUCUACUUCGCCAUCGUCAGGAAAAACCCCUUCUCCUUCUUCAUGGGCAUCUUCCAGGCCUGGAUCACCGCUCUGGGAACCGCUUCUAGUGCUGGAACUCUGCCCGUGACGUUCCGCUGUCUGGAGGAGAACCUGGGCAUUGAUAAGAGAGUCACGCGCUUCGUUCUUCCAGUCGGAGCCACCAUCAACAUGGACGGAACGGCGCUCUAUGAGGCGGUCGCCGCCAUUUUCAUCGCACAGAUGAACGGGAUCGAUCUAGACCCUGGACAGAUCGUCACCGUCAGUCUUACAGCAACACUCGCCAGUGUGGGAGCCGCUAGUAUUCCCAGUGCUGGACUGGUCACCAUGCUGCUCAUCCUGACGGCGGUGGGUCUGCCCACUCAGGACAUCAGUCUGCUGGUGGCGGUGGACUGGCUGCUGGACCGCUUCCGUACCUCAGUGAAUGUGGUGGGAGACUCGUACGGCGCAGGUAUCGUCUAUCACCUGUCCAAGGCAGAGCUGGACGCUCUGGACGCCCAGCACGGGAAGACUGACGACAUCGAGAUGAUGACCAAGACCCAGUCCUACUAUGAUGACCUCAAAAACCAUCAUGAAAACAACUCCAACCAGUGCGUCUUUGCUGCUCAAAAUACAGGCUUAGUAGAUGAUUGCAAGGUAACCUUGGCGGCCACCAACGGCUCGACUGCGGAGAUCACAGUCGUUGAGGAAGAACCCUGGAAAAACGAUUAAACCCCCCCGACCCGACCCAACCCAAAAGCAGAGACAACCAACCUACAUCCAUGCACAUAGGGCACAAACAGCUUUCCUAGAUGACUCCUGUUCGUUUCUAACCUCUUUAACUAAAUCUAAACACGCGUAACACGAGAAUGUGAGGCCAAAAGCUGACACGCUUGUGUAAAGUAUUCUCCACGCCAGUACACUUCAACACCUUCAUGUUUGAGGAGUGUUUUCCAGACACACACUGCCUGUAGCAGCUCACCGUAUCAACCUCCUCGCUCACCGUAGACCCUCUCUAUCCAAUCACAGCGUUUCUCAUCAGCCUCAUAGGGUGUUGCUAGGACACAGACGACCGUACGGCACACGUGUGUGUGCGUCUCAAGAGCACAGGCCAGUAUAUUUACAGUUCAGGUUUAACCAGAGCCCUUCAGAUGUACUGAAAUAUGCAAUGCAAGCCUUACCUUUCAUUCCUAAUAAAGCACAAGUCAUAAAUAUAUAUAUAUUUAUAUUGCACAACCAAACCACGAGCUCCAGAAGUGCAUCUAUCAAACUGACGCGGCUCAUUUAUAUACGCUAAACCAGGUUUGGCUUCAUUAACCGAUUUACACAGCCAUCUCUAAACUAGCCCACAUCUGCCCAGAACAUUCCCCAAGGCUGAUGAGAUGUAGAAGUAACUCAGGCUCCUCCAUAACCCCGGUGUAUCCGUCAGGGACAUGAGCACUCCUGCUGCAGAGUGAAGCGCAUGCUGGAGAGGAUCGAUGUUUACCUGUUUUUAUAAUCCAGUGUUUUUAAAUACCUGAUGCCUUCGUGUCUUUUACUGCUGACGCUGUUUUUUAUUUCAUUUAUCGCACUUUUGCAUCCCUUUUAAAAGAGUUUACCUCAGAAAAACACACUCGCCAAGGCUCGAAUCUCUGGCGGUAUCACGAUGAAUCAUCUUAAAGAGGAUUUUAUAUGUGCGCUGAUCCAAAACGCUACCUCUGGAUGUCCGUCCUCUUUCAUCUCCUCCAGACGACUGUUUCUGAGCCCCGUCAUGCUGCAAAUCAUCACUGUCCGAUCGACCAAUCACACGCGUUCACAUACCUCGCCAAGCCAAUCAGAGAUUCACAUUCGAAAUCACAGCUAAUCCCAGAAAUGGAUUCUAGAUCCCUAAUGUGUCUAAUCGGUUCGCUAACUAAACAGUGUUGUAAUCUUGAAAACAAGCGCCAUAUGAACACCGUAAUGUGAAUUUAGGCUGACGUGUGCAGCGUCGGCCCCUGAGCCUCCGUCGUGUUUGAUCUCACUGUUAGCUGCAUGGACAUUAGUGUUUCGCACCAGUUUUUAAAGUAAAGCAUGCGUUUUGAAGUGCCUCCCUGCACUUUGUGUAUAUACUGAAGGCAGCGGCGCUGCUAGUGCUGGAAACCGGGGGCUCAGACGCCCCCCCGAGGGCCCCAAUAAAUCUACCAUCCCGCAUUUUCCAGCGAGAGAUUCUGACUGGGUGAAAUGUACUGUACGGAGCCCAGAACUCCUAGCGGCGCCUCUGAUCGUGGGUAACAUCAGUAUGAUAUGUUCAGUCGUAGACUCGUGGAGAUAGUGUUUAAUUGAUGUGAGCGUUUUAAUGAAAGUGUUUUUGUAAUCCUGUAGCGCUGUAUUCCCUCAUCGUGCUGCAUUAAAUACUCUAGUCAGACGUCUAGAAGCGUAGUUUAACUCUCAUUUCAGCAGUCUCAUAUCCUGAUCUGGAAUGUUUUUAUUCUUCCCUACAGAAAUCUAUAUAUAUAUAUAUAUACAUAUAUAUGUGUGCGUGCGUGUGUGUGUGUGUGUGUCCUGCAUUUAUAUGUCAGAAAUUAAAAAUUUUAAUCUAACAUGCGACUCGAAAAAGCAAGAUAUUUGUAUAUUAUAUAUGGCAUCUCAAAAUACCCACGCUAUAUUUUUGAGGAUGUUUUCUGCUAGACCUCGUGAUAGUCUUCUCUAUGAUUCUGUGUUAUGUGUUCAUCAACCGUCUGGAACAUCUCUCUAAAGCACACUGUCUGACGUCUGCACUCCGUAUAUCUCGCACACACAGAGACAGGCACAAUGUCCAGCAUCAUUAGGAUAACCCAUGUGUAUUAUUCUUACUUAACCGCGUUCAUCUGGAAGCGUCACUAGUCGAUGGUGUACAUCUCUGACGGUGUAAACUCGUCUCUCUUCUGCUCCUCACCCGUUUAGUGUUGUGAUUUUUUAAUGCAAAGGGAGAGAAGACUAUAAAGGAAUGUGGUGAAUAAAUGAUUCCUGUGUCAUAGCUGUGAAAUAAACGUGUGUUCAUGCAUAUCAAUUUGUGUUGUACCAUUGGUGUACAUACAGUUAUUAUAACUAAUAAAUGUUGAUUCAUAACUAA